UUGCCACAUAACCAACAUAAUUGUAUGGCUUCUUCAGAAAGAAAAUAUUUUACUCCAAGCUUCCCAAAUGGGACUAUUAACCGGACGAUGCCAUAUAUCAAAGACUCCAAUACAAAAAGUACAGUAAUUGAUAUUGAAAAAGAUGGGCAAAAUGAAUUACCGAGAAGAUCUGUUAGCAGAGAAGACUUGUAUGUCUUUGGAAUCCCCUUGGACGGGUUAUCUAAACCUCUUCAAAUGGCUAUUUGUUGUGGAGGAGUAUUGUUAUUUUAUCUUGUGUAUGGCUAUGUUCAAGAAUGGAUAUUCAGAAUUGAAGGCUUCAAGCCAUACGGAUGGUAUCUGACACUGGUUCAAUUCGGUUUUUAUUCUCUGUUUGGUACAAUACAAAAACACCUUGGUGGAGAAAAUACUAGAAAAAUUCCUUUAAAAACCUACGCAGGUUUAGCGUUUUUGACCGUCUCCACAAUGGGACUCUCCAACACCUCUCUGGGUUACCUUAACUACCCAACACAGGUUAUUUUUAAAAGCUGUAAACUUAUUCCAGUUAUGAUUGGUGGUAUUCUUAUACAAGGAAAAAAGUAUGGACCAUUAGAUUUCGUAGCCUGUUUAUGCAUGAGUAUAGGUCUCAUACUCUUCACGCUAGCAGACAGUAAAGUACAACCUGAUUAUAACAAUACAGGUGUAAUAUUAAUAUCACUGGCUCUUUUAGCUGAUGCUGUCAUUGGUAAUGUUCAAGAGAAGGCCAUGAAGUCUCAUAAUAGUAGUAAUUCAGAAGUGGUUUUAUAUUCCUAUGGGAUUGGUUUUCUGUACAUCUUAUUUGGACUUCUUGUUACGGGCCAACUUUGGGAUGCAUUCUUAUUUUCAUCCCAGAAACCCAUAAAGAUCUAUAGCUUGGCAUUUCUUUUUUCAAUUAGUGGAUAUUUAGGAAUCUCAUUUGUUUUGAUGCUGGUCAGAAUAUUUGGGGCAUUAACAGCAGUUACAAUUACAACUUUCCGCAAAGCAGUUACAAUGGUACUCUCAUUCAUGUUCUUUUCUAAACCUUUUACAAUACAAUACCUAUGGUCAGGUUUUAUAGUAUUUUUUGGAAUAUUUCUAAAUGUAUAUAGUAAGAAUCAAGCAAAGAUGAAUGAUCUGUUUUACUCUUAUGCACGGAUGCUUUCAACAAUUUUCAGAGGACAAAGAGCUGUAAAACCAACCACCCCCAUGCAAAAUGUUUAAAAUCGCACGUUUGCUUCAUAAGGCUCGGCAAUUGCAAAGCUGGGAUUUCUGAGUUGGGAAAUGACCAGAUAACUGUUUCCUACCACAGGUAUCCCAAACAUACAAAUGCUAAGCUUGGUAACUUUGUGGAAUAAUUAUUUCUUUCUAGUAAAGUAUUAUAAAUGAAAAUAAAUUAUUGCUUUUUAUAUCAUAUACUCACUAUCAUACUGUACAUAGUAAGUACACUUUCUAUUAAGUCAAAGUAAUCGUUCUGAGUUGUCAGUUCUCAAAAAUGGUUUGUGUCAAUUCUUAGAACUGCUUCGGGAUGGGUUGGUCCAGUUCUAAGAACUUAUACGUACAAUUCAAGAACUGGCUGCUCGGACCAAUUUAAAUUAAUGGAAAGGGCCCUAAGUUAUAUCAGCUACCAGAUGCUACUUUUCCUUGCCUAUCAAUUUUGAAAUAUUACAUCUGWWUAUAAUUUUUUUUCUUUUUUUCUUUCCUUGUCAUUAGUGCAUAGAUUAGGCUCAGUUUCAGCCGUGAGGUUGAUGUUUGUUCCGAAGGAUCCCAAGGGUGCAUAAAAACCACCACGGCUGGAAAUCGAGCCUAUGAUCGAGCAGAUUUGGAUAAAAGUGUUAAUAUAAUUACAUAUUUAUUUCUAUUAUUAUAAAUAUAAUUAUCUCCAAACCUUAUUUUUCCAGAGAUUGUAUUAAUUUACUUUGAAAUAAAGCAAGUGCAGCACCAUGUGA